AUGUCAACAACGCGGCCCCUCCUCGGGAUGAGGCGAGUCACCGAGCUAACGUGCCAGGAGCAGCCGAGCAGCAGGCUCCCUGCGGCCGCCGCGAGGCAGCAGCUCGAUACCCCCACCGUGGACGAGUUUACGGUGCUGGAGGAGAAAGAAAAUGAGCUGAAAGCUGCCAAGCCUCGAGUGGAGCAGGUUUUUAAAGUAACGUUCACCAUUAUCGGUCUUUUGGACCACAUGGGACUGCCGCUCGGUAGCAAAACAUCACGGCAGAUAUGGCUGCAGCUCAUAGGAAACACAGACGACGUGUCGAAGGCAAAGGAAUAUGUUCGAGGACUCUGUGACCCAGAACUACAAAAAGAAGAGCGGUACCCGGUGGACAUGCACUGUAUUUUUGCCGGGGCCCGGGGCCUCUUCCUCGACAGGCUCAUCCGGGACACCAGUGCUGAAGUGGUGGUGCCCGAGCCGGGCCGCCUGCGUCUGUUGGGCCGGGCGGAACCCGUAGUCAUGGCACAGAGCCGGGUUCAGCAGUUUGUAGCACUAUUCCAGGAAAAGCGAAGUCUACCGAGUGACAGAGAGCCGGCAGUGAAACGAGCGUUCAAGUCCUUCGUCGAGGAAAGAGAUGACAAGUACACUAUGGAGCUUCUUCUGCUGCCCAGUGCCCUGAAGGAAGAGCUCCUGGGACUGGCUCACAGCCCCACCUCCACAAACACAUCUGCCCUGGCUCAGCUCAACCAGACGCUUCACCCCAGCAUGGUGGAGACGGAGCAGGACCGCUCGCAGAGCAGCACCCCCGUGACGGAACUCUCCAACCGCAUCCUGGGCACCAGCUUCGAGGAGAAAGGGUCCGCAGCAGCGUUUGGAGGUAAAGCAGCAGCAGCAGCAGCGGCCGGAGGAGGUGCGGGUCCCGAGGCCGUCCUGCUCAACGGGAACCGGUCCUCACACAAGCGGCGCUCGUCGGAGAGCGAGAAUCGGGACACAAAGAGACAAUACUCUCUGGAGCGGAGGGAGGAGUCGCCGGAGAGAGCAAGAGAGAGGGAGAGACAGAGGGACAGAGAAGGCCGGGGGGGCAGCAGCAGCAGCAGCAGCAGCAGCAGCUGUAGGUCCAAAACCCCCUCUGCUUCAUCAUGCCACUCCUCUUCCUCCACCUCCUCCUCUGCAGGGAAAGCAAACACUGUAGUGGGUGUGAGCAUGUUGGACUCCAGUGAAGGAAUCUCAGACGAAGGGGAGGCAGUGAGCCCGGAAACCAACCUCCGCUGCCUGGUCAACUUCUUCAGAACCAUGGGAUACCAGCAGGAAGUAGUGGAGCGUGUCGUCAAGGAGACGGGUCAAACAGAAGACACCUUCCUCGUUCUGGAGAAAAUCGUGGAGGAAACCAAACGUUGUGAAGAGGGGUCAAGAGGAGGGGAAAAAGAAAGACGAUUGAACUCUGUGCGCUCUCCUGACAUCCCCUCCUCCUCAUCGUCAUCGUCCUCUGUGGCCUCUUGGUUCAGAGAGAAGGACCGGGAGCUGAGCCGAGCACUGGUGGACCCCGGCAGGUCGAAGGAGAACAUCAGGCCCAAGCAGCACAGAGGCAGCAGCAACGGGCUGGGGCACCGGAGGCAGUGCAGCGGCAGCGAGACCAGCACUCAGCAGGCCAUCACUAUCAAGAGGAGCUCUAGUGCUCAGGGAGGAGCGAGAAACUACGACGUCAUCACCAUCGACGAUGACGACGACGUCAUCAUCACCAAUACCAAAACGGCAGAGAGCAGGACGUCCCGGAUGAUGACGGUGCCUCACCUGGACACCCAGUCAGGAUCCAGACCAGACUACUUGGCGCGGGGAGGGGGGGCUGCCUCACAGAGGGACUACCUGUCGAGGGGGGGGACACAGACUUUGGGAGGAGCGGUGAAGGUGGAGACUGUGACGGCGCUGCGCAGCACGCCUCAGUGGCUCCCUGCCACCACCUCAUCUCUAGCCUCCACCCCCAGUUCAGCUCAGCCCAUUCCCCGCCCGUCGUCCUCCUCAGCCUAUCAGACGAUCAGCCACACGGGGUAUCACGUGUUCGAGACCAGGACCCCAUCUGCCAACGACCCCCCUGCCCCCCCGGUGACGGGCCUUUCUCGCUUCAAUCAGUCGCUGAGGACCCCGUACACUCUGAAGCUGCCGAACGAGCCGGGGCGUCAGGAGUUGCGACACAUCAUCAUCGACGGUAGCAACGUGGCCAUGGCUCACGGCCUUCAUCGGUUCUUCUCCUGUCGAGGGAUAGCGCUGGCUGUGGAGACAUUUUGGAGGCGGGGCCACAGGGAGAUCACAGUGUUUGUCCCCCAAUGGCGUCAGAAGAGGGACCGACUCACAACAGAGCAAGACUUUCUAAACCAGCUAGAAGACCUGCGACUGCUCUCCUUCACUCCCUCCAGAGAGGUGUGUGGCCAGAGGAUAUGCUCACAUGACGACAGGUUCCUGCUCCACCUAGCAGAAAAAACAGACGGGAUCAUCGUAACAAAUGACAACCUGAGGGACUUUGUCGACACCUCGGACACCUGGCGCAAGAUCAUUCAAGAGAGGUUGCUUCAGUUUACUUUUGUGGAGGACCACUUCAUGAUCCCUGAUGACCCUCUGGGGAGAAACGGACCGCAUCUAGACUUCUUCCUGCGUAAAGACAACAGGAGGGCCCCGCCCACUCCUCCCCCUAUGAGACCCCCAUGCUUCCGGCCGUCGUCCCAGCAGCAGCUGCCGCUCUACGUCCAGGCCCUCCACUCGGCUCCUCGGACCCCCGCCUCCACGCCGCUACCCCCUUCCUCUCUGACGCCCCACCAGACGCACUGGCCCCACUCCGGCCCCCCCGAGUGGCUCCCGCCCCGCCGUUCCCCGUCGCCCUCGCCCUCCCCGCCUCCCCAGCGGUCGCCAGGGGAGACGUCGGUGCUGAAGAGAAAGCUGUACGACAUCUUCCCCGACCAGAAGCAGCGCAUCGACCUCAUACUCAGCGACAACCCGUUUAUGAGAGACCUGAACGCCCUGUCGGGGCUGCUGCUGGGAUAAAGACAAGCACUUAUUUCAAAAAAAAAUUUGUUUUGUGCAAAUAAAAUAUAUAUAUAUAUAUAUAUAUACACACUGAAUAUACGUGUCGGCAUAAAAAAAUAAUUUAUUUUACCAAUUAUCCCAGCUUGGAGUGCCCACCUCUUCGCUCUCAAAUUGAUUAAAGUAUCACUGGUGUCUACAGAACCACAAAAAAAAUGUCAAGCAGCAACGUCUAUAUUGUUCCGAUGGUAAUAAUUCAUUGCAGAUCCUUGACAACAGUCCUGAGGUUCCCUAAAGUUUGGGAACAUCAGCAGGAGAAAACCACUUUGGACCAACAGCUCAGCACACGAUGGGUUUCCUCUCCAGAACCCUGUUUACCAGACUCUUAACACCUUUCUAAAUAUACCAGCCCUGAGCAUUUUAUUAAUACAAUUUGGGACAGGUUUGCAUGUGUAAAUAUUUUCAACAUAUUAGUUAUAGACUUGUUAUUUUCUUUAACAGUGAACUCAUUAUUAGGCAGUACCAGGGUAUUAAAAUCUGUCAGGGAGCCGUUUCAGCUGUUAGAUGGUUUUUCCACCAUUUCCUUUGCAGUGCACUUUCAGGAAGCUCUGAGAUCAUAAAAUAACUAAGUUACAGUUGAUGUCCGACAUAAAUCCCCAAAAGUCAUAUUUGGAUAGACAACCUUUUUUGCCGCUAACCAUAUACAAAAAAACACCUUUUAGUUUAGGCAUGUUUUGAGGGCAAUAUUUUUGAUUGUAUAACGAUGGGCAGUGAUUACAAUGUGAGGUUCUCAUCUCAGAUCUAAAUCUAGAUCAUGCUUUAAUACUCAAAAAAAUCUUCCUAAAAUGUCAAAACAACUGAUUAGACAAGAUUAAAUAGUGUAUAAAGAAUCAUUCUUUUCAGUUCAGCGUUUUGUGAUUGUUCUAAUGUAUUCUUUACUUUAGAACCUCAAUGUUGGACAGAAAUUGGCUCAAUAAUCCAAAGAAAAUAUGACAACCACCAUCUCCAUGUUCUUGGUGUUGAUUUGCAAACCUGCUGUUUAUAAGAGACCUCCGGGGCUGAAACUGAAUUUGCUGCUCUGAUAAACUGUGAUGGAGCCGGGCAGUUGAACUUUUGUUAAAUAUGUUCUAAGCAUUACUUGUUAAAGUUUGAGACUGUUAACAGUUCUCAGGAUUCUGUCACUGUUCUACAUCUGUAUUUUGUUCCAAGAUGCUUACUGAUUCCUCCGCCUCAGACUUUAGGAAAUACAUGUCAGUCCAUUACACUACAACAGUUUAGAUCAUCCUAUGUUAAUUGACCAACUUGAAUUGGACAUCACACACCAUGAGUUUGCUUAGCUGAAGAAAAUCUCCAAAGACAGAUUUACUUUUGUAAUUGGUGUUAAAUAGCUUAAUUGAAUGCACUGAAAGUCAUUAAUGGUGUAAAACAAGGUUUCAUGCUUGAAUCAGUUUUUGUACGAUGAGAGAAUGUGCAUAAGUUUUGUAAAAAUACACAGACUUUAUCUCCUUGUAAGAAAAAAAAGUAUCUGCACAAGGUGUCAAAAUCUAAGUUUUGUUCGUACUUGCUAUCUUGUAAGGAUUACUGAAGGAUUUUCUCUUGUAUUAUAAUAAUUUUGUGUAUAUUGAUUUAUUUUUUUGUAAAUACAAGCUUUUUUUUUGCUACGGUGCACCUAUGGUUUUAUUUGUGAAAAACAAAAUAAAAAAAGCAGUCCCACA